AUGAAAAACUGGCAAUUUAGAAAGUUGCAAUGGUCUCCUCGUGAAUUUGCUUUGUUUCUGCAAAAAUGCUUGAAGGCCAAAGGCUUGAGAGCUGGCAUGCAGGUCCAUGCCACGUUGCUGACUUCUGGAACCAACAUGAACACUUUCUCUCUGAGUUCAAAGCUUCUUGCUAUGUAUGCUGGUUGUGGUGAUCUUAAAUCAGCAAGGCUUUUGUUCACAAAAAUUGAGAACCCAAAUGUCUUUGCUUUCAAUUGGAUGGUUCUUGGUUUGGCCUAUAACGGUUACUAUGAUGAUGCACUUUGGUACUUUCGUUGGAUGCGUCAGCUUGGUCACUUGGGCAACAAGUUCACCUUUCCCAUUGUUCUUAAGGCCUGCCUUGGGUUAAUGGAUGUGAACAAGGGGAUGCAGGUUCAUGCCAUGGCUUGUGAGAUGGGUUUUCAAGAUGAUGUCUCCGUUGCCAAUGCUCUCAUAGAUAUGUAUUGUAAAUGUAGACUUGUUUCCUAUGCCUGCCAAGUGUUUGAUAUAAUGCCUGUGAGAGAUGUUGCCUCAUGGACAUCGAUGAUUUGUGGGUUUUGUAACUCAGGGAAGAUUGAGGAGGCGUUGGUGUUGUUUGAGAGGAUGAAGUUGGAAGGAUUGGAGCCAAAUGAGUUCACGUGGAAUGUUAUGAUCGGUGCAUAUGCUCGGUCGAAGGAUACCAGCAAGGCUUUUGGUUUCGCUGAUAGAAUGAAGAAAGAGGGGUUUGUUCCUGAUCUGGUUGCGUGGAAUGCAUUGAUUUCUGGCUUUGUGCAGAAUCAUAAAGACAUGGAAGCAUUGAAGUUGUUUUGGGAGAUGCUAAAUUCAGGGAUUCAACCUAAUCAAGUAACUAUUGCAGCACUGCUUCCCGCCUGUGGAUCAUCAGGUUAUAUUAUAUGGGGAAGAGAAAUUCAUGGAUUUAUACUAAGGAAGGGGUUUGAUUUCAAUGUUUUCAUUGCAAGUGCUCUUAUUGACAUGUACUCAAAAUGUGGGAAUUUAAAAGAUGCUCAGAAUGUAUUUGACAGCAUUCUGAAUAAGAAUGUUGCAUCAUGGAAUGCAAUGAUUGAUUGCUAUGGAAAAUAUGGGAUGAUUGAUUCCUCCUUGGAGCUGUUUAGAAAAUUGCAAGAGCAAGGUUUGCAGCCAAAUGAAGUUACUUUUACGUGUCUUCUUUCAGCAUGCAGCCAUAGUGGUUCAGUGCAAAAAGGGUUAGAGAUAUUUAGAUUAAUGAAAGAACAUUACGGGAUUGAGGCAACCUUGCAGCAUUAUGCUUGUGUUGUCGAUCUCUUCUGUCGCUCUGGAAAGACAGUUGAAGCAUACGAAUUUCUCAAGACGAUGCCAAUGCAAAUGACAGAAUCAAUUGCGGGAGCUUUUCUGAAUGGGUGCAAUAUCCAUGGAAGAAGUGAUUUAGCAAAAUUGAUGGUGGACGAACUAAUGAAAAUACAGUUAAAAGGACCUGUUGGAUUUGUAACACUAUCUAAUAUUUAUGCAGCUGAUGGUGAGUGGGAUCAUGUUGGAAACUUGAGGAAGGUCAUGAAGGAGAAAAAUGUUCACAAGAGUCCUGGUUUUAGUUGGCUUGAAAAGCCAGGUGAGACUCUUGCCAUGUGA